GUCAAAAGCUCAAAGGGAAUUCAAAUUUUCAGCUCAUGGCCCCUUUAAAUCGAGAGGUUCCACAAGACAGAUUACACCAGAUCAGAUGAGAAGACAGUGAAAGUGUGGAGUACUUGAGCAAUCCCACACUGACUUUAACCAGCGUGAAUAAAACAGGCAUAAGGGAGCUCCUCUCUAAAAAAGAAAAGGGUCUCUUCUGACAUGACAAUGAGCAGUCGAGUGGAUGAUGUGAUGCAGCUUUGCUGUGAGGUCUCAGCCAGCAGGAAGAUCAAAGCAGCAGUGAAGAGCUCUGGAAAGGGAGCAGCAGCAGCGGGUGGAGGUGCUUUUGUAGGGGGAAUGGUCGGAGGCCCAGCCGGAAUAGCUGUUGGUGGUACUUUGGGAGGUCUCCUGGGAACUUGGAUAACCAGUGGCCAAUUCAAACCUUUUCCUGAGAUAAUUGAGGAGCUUCCCCCUAAAUACAAGGAGGUCCUGUACUCUGAUAUCAUGGCUGCUCUGAGCUCUCUGAACUGGACAGAUGUGGCUAGUCUCAUUGCUCUGGUUAUGGGAAGCGUCACUCUGCAGGAGCAAGUUCUUGCUGCUAUACACACUUUUGCCACGAAAGAGCUCAAUGCUGAAUUGCAGUAUGGAAAGUGACCAAUAAAGAGUUAAAGCAAGCAGCAGUGUUUCCUUUUUAAUUACGACAGACAGAUCUGCCACUGUUCCUGUUUUUCUGCAACUUCUCUUCUUUAUUAUUAAAACAAAAAGCAAUAACAUGUGUAUGGUGUGAAGCACAUUACUUUCUUGUGCACAAUGGAAGUACUCUAAUAAAGUUAUUUCUGUGGAUCAAUUCUAUACAUAAUAAAAAUUCAAUUUCUGUGAUGGAUUAAGGU